AGCUGAGUUUGAAAGAGCUCACAGCCCAGGGACAGUCAACUGAAGGAGAAAGAGAAAAUCUGAUUGGGCUGUGGCCAAGAAGGGAGAGAUCAAGGAGGGUCAUCAGCCCUCUGGGCAUCUUGGAGUAGUUGACACCAGCUGACACAAGUUGUACCCAACUCCUCGAGGACUGAGAGAAACUCCAAGAAAAGGCUGAAAACUCCAAGAGAAGAGAUCUGCAACUCUAGCUGGAUCUUCAGUACUACUGCUGCCGCCAGGGACUGCUAUAUCCAGGACAAAAGUAGGGAGAUGCCAGGGAGCUGUUGAAAACUUUCUUUUUUUCCUACGAUGGUUGACAGCACCAAGUAUGAAGUGGCAGCCCAGCAUGAUGAAGAUGUGCCCUCCUUGGCCAACGAGUCUAAGUCAGGACCCGAACAGAUAAAGUUGAAGAAGGAGAUCUCGCUGCUCAAUGGUGUGUGCCUGAUUGUGGGCAACAUGAUUGGCUCUGGUAUCUUUGUUUCACCCAAAGGUGUACUCAUGUACAGCUCUUCCUUUGGCCUCUCUCUCGUUAUCUGGGCUGUUGGGGGCCUCUUCUCUGUCUUUGGAGCCCUUUGCUAUGCUGAGCUGGGGACUACCAUCAAGAAGUCUGGGGCUAGCUAUGCCUAUAUCCUUGAGGCCUUUGGGAGCUUCUUGGCCUUCAUCCGACUCUGGACUUCCCUCCUCAUCAUUGAGCCCACUAGCCAGGCCAUCAUUGCCAUCACCUUUGCCAACUACAUGGUACAACCGCUCUUUCCCAGCUGUUUUGCUCCAUAUUUUGCUGGACGUCUGCUUGCAGCUGCCUGUAUCUGUCUCUUAACCUUCAUUAACUGUGCUUAUGUCAAGUGGGGAACAAUGGUACAGGACAUUUUCACCUAUGCGAAAGUACUGGCUCUGAUUGCAGUCAUCAUUGCUGGCAUUGUCAAAAUAGGCCAGGGACAUGCAACUAACCUGGAGAAUUCAUUUGAGGGGUCUUCCUUUUCAAUGGGAAAUAUUGCUUUGGCAUUGUAUUCUGCUCUUUUUUCCUACUCGGGCUGGGACACCCUCAACUAUGUCACUGAGGAGAUCAAGAAUCCUGAAAGGAACUUGCCCCUCUCCAUUGGCAUUUCUAUGCCCAUUGUCACCAUUAUCUACAUUUUGACCAAUGUGGCCUAUUACACUGUGCUGAGCAUGAAGGACAUCAUAGACAGUGAUGCUGUUGCUGUGACUUUUGCUGACAGAAUUUUUGGAGUGUUCAACUGGACAAUUCCCUUGGCUGUUGCCUUAUCCUGUUUUGGGGGUCUCAAUGCUUCCAUUGUGGCUGCUUCUAGACUCUUUUUUGUGGGCUCACGAGAAGGCCACCUCCCUGAUGCUAUCUGCAUGAUUCAUGUUGAAAGGUUUACUCCAGUGCCAUCCCUGCUCUUCAAUGGAGCCAUGGCACUCGUCUACUUGUGUGUGGAGGACAUCUUCCAGCUCAUCAACUACUACAGCUUCAGCUACUGGUUCUUUGUGGGUCUCUCUAUCGUGGGGCAGCUCUACUUACGCUGGAAGGAACCUGACCGAUACCGACCCCUCAAGCUCAGUUUGAUCUUCCCCAUCAUCUUCUGCCUUUGUACCAUCUUUCUGGUGGCCGUCCCUCUUUACAGUGAUACCAUCAACUCCCUUAUUGGCAUUGGCAUUGCCCUCUCGGGCCUACCCUUUUACUUCUUCUUCGUCAGAAUGCCGGAACACAAACAGCCAUACUGCCUCCGAAGGACUGUGGCACUGGCCACAAAAUACAUCCAGGUCCUGUGCAUGUCAGUUGCUGCAGAGAUGGAUCUGGAAGAUGUGGGAGAGAUGCCCAAGCAACAGGACCCCAAGUCCAACUAAUCAACAACCUGACCUCUCCCCUAAUGAGACAUUAAGGGCAGGGAAUUUCCUUUUCCCACUGACCAGGGUCAGAGGGGAUAGGAUCCUUUCUUGAAGACAACUUACCAAGUUGAGACCUGGCUUUGGGACAGUUUUAGGAACCUUUUGAACUUAUUCUUUGAGAAGUUGAGAAUAAUUUAUUGUUUUUGUUACUUCUUGUUCCAGGUUUUUAAAUGAAAGGUUGGGGGUGGGAAGAAGCAUGCCUUGGGCUUGGUCCUCAGGAGAAUGAGGAGGAGGAGCAGGUACCUAUGUGCCCAAAAUAUUCACUAGCUGAAUUCUGCACCACCUUCCCAUCCCUCUUUCCCAUUGAAGGCUUAGCAGUGCUCCUGGCCUCCUAUCUGCAUCAGGGAGGAACCUACUAAAGGGGCAGAGGGCAUUUAUAGGAUCAUCUUGGAUAACAAUAAAAGGGAUGACACUUGCCUCUUUAUUUGCACUGUCAGGUUUUCUCUUGGGAUAGCCUUGGCUCUGAUUUUCACAGAUUGUGAUAUAGCUGGGAAAAAAAUCUUGAUGCUCUAGAAUCAUUCCCCAGGUACUCCUUUCCUUCCAACCUUAAACCCAUGUUGUUUUGUACAGUCAGAUGAAAUUGUUUCAAAUGGGACUCAAAGGGAGUUAAAUUAUUGAAUGAUAAAAUGUUGAUUCAAAAACUGAUUUCUACCUCCACUGAGAUCAAACAUGCAAAUAAUAAUCAGGGGCCUACAACCCAAGUGGCAAAAAAAAAUAUUUACUCUUAUUAAUAUUUAUUUAGACCCACUAUCUGAAAAAUACAGAUGGGGUCUUCUUAGAGCCAUGCCUUGUUAUGUGUUGUAGGUAGAGAUAAGGGAAGUGUGAGGUAUUGGGAAGGCUGCUGGACCUAGAAACAGAAGACCUUGGUUCUUGUCCUAGCUCUGACUCUAAUAAGCUGUAUGAUCAUGAGUCCAUUUCCUCAUUUGUAAUAAAUGCAAAAUCUGAGUGAAUUAUCUCUCAGAGGUGGGGUGAAAGUGUAGCUACACAGACAUGAGCUAUACUGCCUUUCUCAACCAACUUGGGCAUAUACUUCAAGUAAAGGUGACUAUUUGGCUGGAAAGACUUUAUAUGAAUGUAUAUGGAAUAAAUAUAAAUAUGGGCUGGGAA